GUCGUUGGCGCUGUUGUUAGCAUCACAGGCGUUUCUAGCACUGUUACUUCAUUCGGUACCACUGUGCGGAGUGAUUUGGUGCUUCAGAAUGAAAAUCACAUGUUUCUUGAUAUCAGUCUGUGGAGUGAUAUAGCUCGGAAUCUCAAUGGUCAGGAACUGGCUGUCCUUGGUCGUUCUGGGCCAGUCAUGCUUGCUGUUUGCUCACUGCGAGUCACUGGCGCUACGAAAGGAGGUUACUCUCUGACCAGUACUCCAGGCACACGUUGUGUUCUCAACCCUGUUUCUGAAAUGGCUCACCUGGUCCAAUCU